AAGAACUCAAGAGGGUCAAGAAGUGUUUCAAGAAGACACUUCUAGAAGACAUUUUGAAAAAAACGGACAAUUAAUAGAAGUUUAUGGUAAGAAAAAGCUAUUCCAGCAAUCAUGCCGAUAGCGAUGUCUACGGACGAGUGGGCGCGCCUCUCGCGCUGGUCGGCCGACCACCGCGAGGAGCCGGAGGCGGCGCGGCGGCGCGAGGCCGUGCAGCACAUAAACCAGAUGAGCCAGCUGAUGACCAAGUCCUGGCCCAACUCAUUGGAGAAUGUGAACAAGCGCAACGAGGAGUUGCGUCGCGCGCGGCUCGCGGCGGCGGAACAGGCUAACUCGUUGUUCUACGCGCGCUACGUGAAACAGAAGCAGGCGGAACAAGCGCGCCUCAUGUACAACGCCAGAGACUCCUUCUUCAAGAACAAGGACGCGCCCAAACUGCUGCUGGGCGCCGUCAUAGAAACAGUAAUCCAAAAGGAACGAGAAGAGCAAGUGAAGUUCAACAAGGAGCUGAAGAAACAAGCGGAAGAGAAGAAGAAACAGGACGAAGAGCAAAUCAUUCAGAACGCGAAGGAAUGGCACGCACUGAUGGAACUGAGGAGAAAGCGGCGGUUCGAAGUUAAUAAAAAACAUCAGAAAGAGAUCUUGGAUCAGGCACACGAAGUAUCAGAACGCAAUCGUAAAGAAUAUGAGGAGGAGCUAAAUCAGCAAAUGGUCGACAACAUCAAAGCGCAGGAACAGAUGGAAUCUCUCCGAGAAUUCGAACAGGAAUACAGUAAGAAUGAGAAAGAACACAUCCUGGCUGAUAUGCAACGAGCCAAGCAAGAAGCGGACAAACGACGUCAAGAGCAAGAGGCCAGAGACAAGAUGGACGACCGCCUCAUUGAGGUUCUGCAGCGCUCGCGGGCAAGGAUCGAACGCAGAAGACGACAGACUGAGAAACAGAUACAAAAAGAGAAGCAAGAAGUGCUAGAAAAGAUAAGCCAAAGACUGGAGUCUGGGGAUGCGGAGCGUGAUGCCAAGGAACAACAGAUACUGGAGAAGGCUGUUAAGGAGAAGGAAGCUGCGGUGGAAGCGCGUCGCCAGGCGGAGCUUCUCAAAAAAGAAAAGUCCAAGCAGGAGCGCAUCGAGACACGGAAGCAGUUCCUGCAGCAGGAGAAACAACGACUGCAUGAGCUUAAUGUCAUGCACCAGUGGGAGGUUAUGAACAGGUUCAAAAACGACGAGUUAUACGAAGAGUUCCAAAAGAGAAUGCGAGAAGAAAAAAAGCGUAAGAUACUUGAGUACAGAGAAGACAUCAUCAAACAAUGGCGCGAGCGAGAGGAGCGCGAGGCUGCAGAACGCGCAGAGACGCGGCGUUUCUACGGCGAGCUGGCGGAGAAGAAGCUGCGUGACGCCGACAACAAGCUGCUGACGCACGGCGCCAUGCUGCUGCAGGAAGCCCGCCAGAACGGCCGACCCGACUACGCACUGCGGCAGACGCUUGAUCGUUACUGCAAGUUACACCGCCUGUACCCCAUGCCGGACCUGCCGUCAUCACUGCAGGAACACUUCAAGCGAUACGUGCCGCGAGACCUCACGCAGCCCGACCCCGAAUAUGUCUACCCCGCGCCGCCAGAACCAUCAGCGGACCAACAAAUGGAGGAGAAGAAACGAGAUGGACUACAGGAGCCUGUGCCGGGCCCCAUCAAGCCCCCCGCGGCUCCCAGCAAGGAGCCCGAGGACUACAAGAGGGCGGGGCCUGCCAACGGCUUGCAGCGACGGAAUGCUCUGCACGACAUUUUCCUGCCGCCCAUUACGGUUCGGCCGUGCGAGACUGCGCAGUGCGACUGCGAGUUGAAGAACAAAUAAAACAACAACUGUACAAAAUACUCGUUUAUUCUCAGCUCAUUUUACAAUGUUCCCAAUCAUCUGUUGUACAACUUUUAUGGCACCAGAGUUGAUGUGGACCCAGCCUAGCUGUAGACUCGGCGGUAAAAAACUGACAUAUUUUAUCAAAGAGCUCUUGGUAAUUUUUAAGGAAGUGCUUGAAAGAAAUUUUGUUACUAUAGUACCAUAAUUUCCUUAAACUAGAAUCCUUAAAUUGAUGAUUUUUAGAAUAAACAUCAAAAACCGUCAUAAAUAAAGCUUGUAGGGCCUAAAUUGCUAGUGUUUAAUUUUAGAAAGAGUUUAACUUUGAUAGAUUUUAACUGUCGAAACAUUUAUAAUUUCAGAGUAAAUCGAACCUAAAGCAUAUUGUUUUAAAGCAGUAAUGUCAGUAGUAUUAAUUUUUCUCAUGCUAUGUUUACGCUUAAAGUAAGUAAAAACCUAGAUAAAUGUACCAGUAGAUGUAAAAACAAAGUCGAGCCUUAUAACAAGGCGUUAAGAUCCAUAAUACUUUAACAUAGUAUUUGGAUACUCGAAAUAUAUUAACAACAAAGUUGUCAAGAUUUUACUUGUACUAAACAUACAAAAACAUGUAACAGCUAAAUGUGUGUAUAUGUCAGUAACAAUUUUAGUGUAACCUUUGAAUUCUACAGCUAGUACGGGCGCACUAUAAGAUUUUUGUGACUAGAGUUAAAUUAAUGUGAUGUUUUGUUUACAAUUUUUUGUCGUGUUACAAAAUCGUUGGGAGUGUGUUACUUACAAUAAAACUUAACAAUAAAUUUUGAACUAAGUCUAUCUUAUUCGAAUCUUUGGUCACAUUGAGUGUAGAUAGUCAGAGCGGUGGAUAAAAUAACCAUAAGCGUGAGGAUACAUUAGCGACACGUUACGACAAAAAGUCGGACUUUUAAAAAAAUUAAAAAUCUUGAAAAUGCUUGCACUGCGUGGAAUCAUAUAAACGCACUUAAAAAGCACUCCUUGACCAAAAUCAAUCAAACCAAAAUAAUCAUUUUUUUUGGCUGUCAUUCUUUCACAAACCAUUGACUGAAAUAAUAUGCUGUAUAAUAAAACCUUGGUAAUACGUAAAACGUACGUUGUGUUCGUUGGCAUACGUGAAACCUGAUAGUUAACGUAAGUUCAGCCAAAAAAUUUGACAAAUUAGCACGGAAAACACAUACAAAGGAGAACAAAAAUAUAGGCAGGUUCAAUUUGAAUAAUUGCAAUGCGAUCACAAAUUCGUAGGUACCCUAGUAUUUUAAGGGCCUGUUUUUGAUGGACUUAGUUGUCUGCAGUAUCAUCCCACGCUAAGUGUACGACAAAGUGGCUAGUGUACCCUCACUCUAAAUCGUCAAAGAAAUUCUAAAGUCAGACGAUACUACGUCGCGAGUUGACCAAUAUGGAAUUAAUCUCGACACAGCAUUCUGUAAUACUUUCGUUACCUUUGGCCUUACAAAGUAUUGUCUACAGUUGUCAAACUAGAACGAUUGCUAUUAUUAACGAAACAGUAAAGAAAACUAUAAAUUGACGAUCAUUCUAAGGACUGAUUUUUCAAUCACCAAACAAACUUACUGACGAAUACAUUUGACAUUUUGACGGAUUACCAAUAUAAUAAUCAUCAGUGCCAUCAUGAUCAAAUCAUCGCGGCUCACUACUGAGCACGGGUCUUCUACCAGAAUGAGAAUGGUUUGGUCAUAGCCCAUCACGUUUGGCAGACAACUGUCAAUAUGUCUAUUUUAUUCCUGAGUUUAUUUCACGAUUAAAAAAUUGGCUAUAAGUUAUUAGAUUGGCCAGAACUCUACAAGUAGUGAUAUCUUUUUCACAAUCUUUCCUGUGGAAAAAGUAAGAUUUCUGUACAAAAGAGUUAGUGCCAAAAAAAUCUGAAUCAAUCGUACUUAAAGCCUAAUUUGUCAAAUGAAAUCGUUUACAAUAACAAUCGUAAUGCAAAAAACAUACAAAACUAACAAAUGUCCUGCUUAAAGUUAAUAAAAAUAAUCGGAGCCAUUUAAACGAAAUAAAGUAAAACAUAACCUUAACUAUAUAAAAAAAACUGUCCAUCUUUCUCGCGCAUACAAUAAUUUAUCUUCUAUCCUUAUCUUAUAAAUCGAAUGACCCCGAAGGUCGGAACGUUCGAGAAUGUUCGGUCGCUACUUUCGCGUCGUCCUAAAACUAAUAACUGAAGAGCUGGUGGUAAAUUUUGGUAGGUGCUUGAUAAACGUGCAUCAAAUGUAGUACCAUACGUGUGCCGUCUAGACUGCUAGCUAGACCAUAUAUAGGACUUUUCAGUUUUAAGUUUUGAGAAGGCCGAUUUCAAACCAAUGUUUUAUGUUAUACAAUUAGGGCUGACGAUUAAUUGCAAUUUGAAGUACUACUUGAUGAUUCGAAAAUCGUGGGAUUACUAUAAAAGAUUGGUUUUUGUUAGGCUGCAUCAUCACUUGCCAGCAAGCCUAAUAGCAGCUGAUAGAUUAAAAAAGACUUGGACAGUCUAUAAAUAAAUAAAAAAGAAACAAUUCCACACAAGAUAACGAAGUUAUAAGUGGUAAUAUUGACUUAUGAGUUUAGUGACACAUGCUGUUCUAUGUGAAAUAAAUUAAUUAAUUUCAUUUAACCACACUUCCAGCGUUUAUCAAGCACCUCCGCAACAUUUUGCACUCGCUCUCCAACUAUAACUAACUUACUCUAGCUUGUACUGUCGUGCCUAACAAAUAUAUAUAAAUUUACAAACGAACAUACGAACCUAAGUUAAAGGAUAUGGCAAGGUUUUGUGCUUAUAAGAACUUCCCUAUUCGAGUACAGAAAUAACUAUAAUACAAAUGUUACUUUAUCUCUUUGAACAAUCUAACAUCUUAUAUUAGUCUAUAUUAUGAUAAUUUAGAGGAAUAUUAGUACAAAAGAUAUCAGGCAUCGAUUAAGAAAUUCAAAAUGGCGUAAAACAUAGCCUACAAAAUAAUUUCAUAAAUUUAGGUUAUAAUAAAAUUAUAAUAUACACUGCAAAUAAUUUAAUAAUAUGGUACCAGAUCUUAUUUAUGUAAAACUAUAUUAUUUGUCAAUGCAAGCCUUAUUAUUAAAAACAGAUCAUAUUGUAAAAAGUUUUAAAAAAUCA